UGAACCAACAGCUAUACACUACUGGGGGAGGGAGUUCAGACAUUAAUAUAAAGCUGAGUUGAAGGAUGGUGUUUGAAAAGAUAAAGAGCCUCACCGAAUACUCAGUAGUUGGGUUGGCAGCAUGUCAAGGAGACAGCGAUUUUAGAAUAGAAACACCUUCAAACCACAGCGAUGUAAACAUCAUAGAUGGUGGAAAUGAAACUGUGGAUGAUCAAACGCCAUCCACAACUAAACCAACGACACAAACGCUUUCGACACCAGAAGAAAGCCCCACAACAUCCAAUGAUGUAGAAAAUAGUUUAGAUUUAGUGUCUCCAGAUGGUAUUAUGGCAGAUGGUAUUUUGAAAUCAACAUACAUACUACGUAGAUUGGCGAGAGUACACACCGUCCAAGUUAAGAAAUCGAAAAACCCCCUUUUACGGGCGAAGGGAACACCUAAUGGUAUAUAAAAUAUGUACAUUACUGCACACUA